GCUGCAGCGGCGAGACGGGGGACCUAAGAAGAAACAGGGGACGCAGCCGGGCGAAGCAGAUCCGGAGUUGAGCUGCUUGAGUUGCACCUGAACCACAGAAGGUACAUGAUCACACAAUGCAAGUACCUGAAAGUAGUUUAGCUCACCUGAGCGAAUGGCAAAGAGAUGCUUUUGUGCUGAGCUCUGGCACUUGCUUACCUCAACAGAAGGCAGAAGUGUAUCGUGCACAUCUUGCACAGAUUCAGUAUGCAUGGGCUAAUUCUGAGAUCUCCGAGGCAUCAGCAGUCCACCUGUUCAAGAAGUAUGCUGAGAAGUACUCAGCCAUUAUUGACUCUGACAAGUUGGAAAUUGGCCUGAAUAACUAUGCAGACAGCAUUUUAACUUUGGCAAAAUGUCAGAGAAAUGAAAGUGACAAGUGGCAGUCUUCCUUGACAACUAAUAAUGUUUUAAAAUUAAAGAGUGUGCAAGACAUGGCAGUGGCAGGAAGAAGAACCCAGUUGUCUAAGAGCUCAGCAGAUGCCUCAGUGAGAGUUGGUAAUGGGAUAAAUACAUCAGGAUAUUCUGCAGGUCUUGGUAAUAAUGUCCUUAGAAACUCAGGGUAUACAGUUCCUCAUGCUGCUUUAUCAGAUUGUCAAAUGCCAGGGGGAAGCGCAAACUUUCUCCAAAAACCCAAGAUUUCAGCAUUUACUAUAGCCAAUACUACUUCUGUUGCAAACACCUCUUCCAACACUUUGAUUAACAACAGUAUUUCUAUGACUUCUUCUCUGAUGCAAAGCAAUGAAGACAAAGAUCCAGCAUCAUUCUCUGGCCACAUGUUUUUACCUACCACCUCUGUGCAUUCAGGCAAAAGAAAAGCUUAUUCUGCCUUAGGCAAUGAGAGCUCUGAUAUUAAGCCAAACCCCUUAGUUCAAAGGCAGCUUACUAACAAAGAAGCUACAUGCGAAAGUGGCUUUAAAACAGCAAAAGAGCAGUUGUGGGUUGAUCAGCAGAAGAAAUACAGUAAUCAACCUCAACGUAAUCCAAGUCCUCUGUAUGGUGGUGCCAAAAAGUCAUUGGGAGCUGCUCGUUCUCGUGGUCUUCAUGGAAAAUUUGUUCCUCCAGUUCCUAGGCAGGAGGAUGUCCAGGAUAGCAACAGGAAAGUAUAUGGCCAGGGCAACAGUGAGAUGAAUGCACCUUCUGAUGAACGUUUAAAAAACAUAGAGCCAAAGAUGAUCGAACUGAUAAUGAGUGAGAUAAUGGAUCACGGGCCUCCGCUGAACUGGGAUGACAUUGCUGGCCUCGAGUUUGCUAAAACAACUAUCAAGGAAAUAGUGGUGUGGCCAAUGCUCAGGCCAGAUAUUUUUACUGGCUUGCGGGGACCCCCUAAAGGAAUCCUACUUUUUGGUCCACCAGGGACAGGGAAAACUCUGAUAGGUAAGUGUAUUGCUUGCCAGUCCGGUGCCACAUUUUUUAGCAUAAGUGCAUCAUCUUUGACAUCCAAAUGGGUUGGAGAAGGUGAAAAAAUGGUUCGAGCCCUCUUUACAGUGGCAAGGUGUCACCAGCCAGCCGUGAUAUUCAUUGAUGAAAUAGAUUCUCUUUUAUCCCAGCGUGGUGAAGGGGAGCAUGAGUCAUCAAGGAGGAUCAAAACUGAGUUUUUAGUUCAGCUUGAUGGUGCUACAACAUCUUCAGAUGAUCGCAUACUAGUUGUUGGUGCUACUAACCGUCCCCAAGAAAUUGAUGAGGCAGCUCGCAGAAGGCUUGUUAAAAGACUCUAUAUUCCUCUUCCUGAAGCAUCUGCAAGGAAGCAAAUCGUUGUCAGCCUAAUGGCAAAAGAGCACUGCAGUCUCGCAGAACAAGAGGUAGAGGCCAUAGUUUUGCAGGCUGAUGGUUUCUCAGGUGCAGAUAUGACUCAGCUUUGCCGGGAAGCUGCACUUGGUCCUAUACGAAGUAUACAGCUUAUGGAUAUUUCCACAAUAACACCUGAACAAGUUCGCCCUAUUGCCUAUAUUGAUUUCCAAAGUGCUUUUCUGGUAGUGCGGCCUAGUGUUUCACAAAAAGAUUUGGAAUUAUAUGAGAACUGGAACAAAACAUUUGGUUGUGGCAGGUAGUUAUAUGUGCUGUGGAAAAGAAAGCUGCUGUUCUCCUAGAAUUGUUUUGUGAUAAAAUAAAGAUUUAAGAUUAGCUGACUUCAAAA